UUUGUAUUUGGUUUGCGUUUGGUAUAAUUUCGUUGUCAUUGACAACAACCUCAAAACCAAGUUUCCAUCAGACAAACAAUUUUCCUUUGCCUUUGAAGAUGUUUGGAACAAAACAUAAUGAAUGUGUUGGUUAUGAAUCCACAUGGAAAGUUAAGAAGGUGAGUUCUGAAGGGUCCACUCAAACAACAGAAUUCGCGGUAGCAGACAAGGGAUCUAAUACUAUGAUGAAAUCUGAAAUAGAGGUACAAACUGAAGAUGAACCAACCAAACAAGUGUCUGAGGUGGACAUGGAUAAACUAGCAAACUGGUUGACUGGAAUAUACCCUAGUGUUAGGAAGGAAUUGAACGAAGCAAGUAAUUCGCAUGCUUUCCGUGGAUACCAGUUACAGGGUGAUUCCAAAGAUGCGGAGUGCAAGCUUCUGCAAUCAUUGAAAGUGUCAAAUGCUAUAUCGAAUAGAGUUGUGGCCUUAUCUUGGAACCAGACAGGAAAAACUUUGGCGUUAUCAUGUAAUUUCGAACAUAAGUCUUGGUGUCACCACACAGGUUUCGUCGCAGUGUAUACGUUCACAAGGGAUGACAAAUUGCCAGAUUUACCAUCUAAAAAGUUUUUGACCGACAAUUGUGUGUCCAGUGUUGAAUUCCAUCCGAUACAUCCAGCUAUUUUGGCAGCAGCUACCUUGUCAGGGUCCAUUGUGGUUUGGAAUAUCCGAAACGAAGAUGGAGAAGAGAUCGUGGCAUCUGUAACCAAUGCCCACGAAGACGCUAUCAUCACCCAAUUGGCUUGGGUGAAUGAUGUGGACAUUGCUAAGAGCUUGCUCAUAGCAACCUCUGGCACCGAUGGGUUGCUGAAAAUGUGGAGAUUCAAUCCGAAUAGUUCAGAAAUGAAUCUGAAAGUGAGAUAUAAAAUGAAACCUCCAAUUUUGAGCCACACACAACGGAAUAUCAAUAAGGAUCAAUUUUCUGGAGAUUCGACUAGAGCAGUGACUUGCUUUGAUUUUUCCAAGCACAUUCAUGACAUGUUCGUAGUGGCUCUAGAAGGUGGACACGUUGUACAGUGUUCUGUGUUAGGAACGACAGAAUUGAAAGGUAGUACAACAAAGGAGCCUUUAGCAGAUCCUUCUUUCAAAUAUUACGAACCACAUAAUGGGGAAAUAACAAGAGUUUGUUUUUCCCCGAACCGAAGCGAAAUGUUUAUGACGUCUGGCACAGACCAGGAAGUACGGAUUUACAUCAUCGGACAGGAAGAUCCAGCAAAGAUAAUUUUUGUGAAGCAUCCUCUGAAUGACGUCACUUUUGUGUAUCACGAGGAAAAACUGAUAGCUGGUUGCGGAACCAACGGAUUUUUGGAAAUUUUUCACAUACAAAAGAAGAAAUCUUUCGAGAAUCUGACUGAUAAGAAAGUAUUGAAGUCGACAGCGUCAACUACGAUAUCGGUGAAUCGAAAACGGACAAAUAUGGUGGUUAUGGGAAAUGUGAAUGGAGAAUUGCAGUUGUGGAGCGUACCUUGGCUUUAUUUAGCUAUGAAGUGAAUGUGAUCUUUUGGUAUAUUUCAUUCAUAUUCACAAUUGGCAGAAAUCAGAAAACAUCAGUCACCAUUUGAAUUGAAGAAACAUUUGGCAGAAUUGCCAAUGAUAUGUGAUUUUGCGAUGAUUUUUGAUACCGUUUUCCCGAGCGUUUUCCACACAUUUAAUGUGAUAGGAUAUGUCUGUAACAUUUUUUAAAAUAAAUGAAACAAUGAUCAGUCAAU